AUGUUGGAUGAAAAGUCACAAAUGUUGGAUGGAAAGUCACAAAUGUUGGAUGAAAAGUCACAAAUGUUGGAUGGAAAGUCACAAAUGUUGGAUGGAAAGUCACAAAUGUUGGAUGGAAAGUCACAAAUGUUAGAUGGAAAGUCACAAAUGUUGGAUGGAAAGUCACAAAUAAAACAAGACAAAAAAUCGGUACAAGAACAUUUUACCUUUGACCACACCAGAGUUCCAUUGAAAGAUGGUGAAGGUAGUGAAUCAUAUAUUAAUGCCAAUUACAUUAGACCUACUUUUGAUCCUGAAGGUGACAACAGUGAGACACAACCAAUGUAUAUUGCAACACAAGGGUGCCUGCCACAAACUGUCAAUGAUCUCUGGAGGAUGAUAUGGCAAGAAGAUUCAAGAGUACUUGUUAUGACAACAAAGGAAAUAGAACGUGGCAAGGUAGAGUUAAUUUAUACAUAUUUCAGCUUUGCUAUUCAAAUUUUAAAAAUAUUUGACAUGAUUGGUUCACAGUAG